AUGUUAAUACUGUCAAAAUCUUAUCCAGUGGGAUUUAUACUGGUGCUGCUUAGUUUCAGUGUCUUGUUCAAUUCUCUAGCAAGGGCAUACUUCCAUAACUACAUAUUUGUUAUUAAACCAACGACUAUUACUCGGCUAUGUAAUACACAUAACAUAAUCACAGUGAAUGGACAGUUUCCGGGUCCAACUCUGUAUGUAGCAAAUGGAGACACACUUUGUGUUAAAGUGUAUAACAGAGGCAAAUAUAAUGCUACGAUCCACUGGCAUGGAGUGAGACAGAUUCGUACAGGGUGGGCCGAUGGACCAGGGUACAUUACCCAGUGCCCCAUUCAACCAGGAGGACAGUUUACAUACAGGUUCACCAUUAUUGCACAGGAAGGGACCUUGUGGUGGCAUGCCCAUGUCUCAUGGCUCCGUGCAACAGUCCAUGGAGCAUUGGUCAUCCAUCCUAAGGAGGGCUGCUUGUAUCCAUUUCCCCGACCCCAUGCUGAGAUUCCUAUAGUGCUAGGGGAGUGGUGGAACAUUGAUCCUGUCAUGGUCGAAUAUGAAUCAAUUCUGACCGGAGGCGCACCGAACAUUUCAGAUGCUUUCACUAUAAAUGGACAGCCAGGAGACCUUUAUCCCUGCUCAAAAUCAGAAACAACAAAAUUCUCAGUUCAGCCAGGAAAAACCUACCUUCUACGAAUUAUCAAUGCUGCAGUGAACAGUGAACUGUUUUUCAAGAUAGCAUCACAUAAUAUCACAGUGGUUGCAGUGGACGCCUCCUACACAAAGCCAUACACAACAGAUGUAAUGUUCAUAGCUCCUGGUCAGACUGCAGAUGUUCUUCUUACAACAAAUCAAUUACCAGCAAAAUAUUACAUGGCAGCUAGCAUAUACACCGACCAAGCAAUAGGCAACUUUGAUAAUACCACCACAACGGCCAUUUUAGACUAUGUGGGCUCUCACCCAUCUGCAAAACCAAUCCUUCCACAGCUUCCAGCAUACAAUGACACUGCAACGGUCACUAAAUUUAGUCGAGCCCUAAGAAGCCUCAAUUCACCGGACCAUCCGGUAAACGUUCCCAAAAGCAUAGAUGAUAGUAUCAUGACAACCGUGGGACUCGGUUUAAUUCCUUGUCCCACCGGCACCACCUGCGCCGGCCCUAACAAUACCAGGGUGACUGCAAGUAUGAACAAUGUGUCUUUUGUACUGCCAGAGAUUUCUAUUCUGCAAGCUUAUUACUUUGGCAUUACUGGAGUCUUUACCACUGACUUUCCUUCAUACCCACCAGUUGUGUAUAAUUAUACGGGCGAUGUACCCAAGUGUCUUUGGACACCAAUUUCUGGCACAAAAGUGAAAGUUUUUGAUUAUAAUGCCACAGUUCAGGUGGUGUUCCAGGGAACAAAUAUCUUCCAAGCAGACAACCAUCCAAUGCAUAUCCAUGGUUAUGACUUUUAUGUUGUAGGAGAGGGUUUUGGUAACUAUGAUAAUCAAACAGAUCCACUCACAUUCAAUCUGGUUGAUCCUCCAAGAAGAAAUACAGUGGGUGUUCCUGUCAAAGGAUGGGCUGCUAUCAGAUUCAAAGCUGACAAUCCAGGUGUUUGGUUUGUACAUUGUCACUUCGAUGAUCAUGCAACAUGGGGAUUGGAAACAGUCUUCAUAGUGAAGAAUGGUCCUGGCCCUUGGGCAAGUUUGGAGCCGCCGCCUCCUGAUCUCCCCAAAUGCUAG